AUGACCAUACUUUAUAUUUUUAUUCAAAUUAUUUUCGUCAAGUUAUCAAUUGUUAUAGUGCAAAAAAUGUUUACUACAUCUUCAACUAAUAAUCUUACAAGUGAUUCUUUGUGUAUCAAUUCAUCUGAACGUGGAACUCAGGAACUUUUAAAUAGCAUACAUCAUAACAGUCCAAUUAGCAAUAACAAUAAUAGCAAUUGCAUACUAAAUUUAAACAACAAGGCUACCUCAUUUCCUUCAAGUAUAACAGACCUUUCAUUAUUAUCAUCAUCAUCAUCGUCCCUUUUUCAUUGUGAAAAUUGUCCUAUAUGUGGAGACAAGGUAUCUGGUUAUCACUAUGGCCUUCCUACAUGUGAAUCUUGUAAAGGAUUUUUCAAACGUACUGUGCAAAACAAGAAAGAAUAUCAUUGUAAUGAACAAGGAAAUUGUGUUGUUGAUAGAUUACAUAGGAAAAGAUGUGCUUCUUGCCGAUUUCAGAAGUGCUUAAUUGUUGGUAUGCGGGUAGAAGCUGUUCGUGAAGAUAGAAUGAGAGGUGGACGUAGUCGACGUGGACGUUCAUCCUACUGUGUUGUAACAACACCGAAUUCCAGCAAUAGUAAUAAUAACAAUAAUGAUUCUAAAAUGGAUAAUAUAAAAUGUUUACUUUCAUCUAACUCUGUGAUGUAUUCAAAAUCUGUUGACAGUGAGCUAUACAGUAGUAUUACUCCUCCUCCACUUUCUCAUACUUCUACUAUCCAUGUUAACAAUAUUCAUCCUUCGAACAGUGGCAUUGACACUUCCAAUAAUAUUACAUCAGUUCCAUAUGAGAAAGACUACUGUAACAGACGAUCACCAAUAAUUGUCCCAUCAUUAUGCACAGUGAGUAAAACGAUAUGUGAAGCAAACUUGGUCCCAAGUUCUUUAUCCUUAACGAAUUCAGUUCCACAAGUUACAACAACAUGUACUACAACAGUGACAGUAUCACCAAGUCAUUCAUCUUUUUUGUAUGAAUCUAACCUAUUUAACCCAAACUAUUCUCAAAAUAUAUUUAAUCUGAAACCUGUAUCGUCAGUUGAAGAAAUGAGUACUGAGAAUGAUCAUUUAUCAACAUCAUCGUCAUCAUCAUCAAUAUCAAAGCAUUCGAAUUGUCAAAAUGAUUCUAGAACUAAUUCAUACAAUAUUUCAUCGGUUAACUCGUGUUCUUCUUCAAGUCCAGUUUAUCACCAAACAUCACUUAAGCCUAUUGAUCACUCAAAUAUCGAUACGUCCGGCAGUUGUUCUACUGUUAUUGGUAGUUUAACAACAACUCCUGUCAUCAUCACUGAUUCUGUGAAUUCAGUUUCGAUUAAAUCUUCUGUUAAUAAUACUACCGAUUCUAUUAUGAAUAUUGCUUCUUCAUCUACCAGCAUAUCUACGGAUACAUACACAAGUAUGGUUAAUCUACCUUUCAAUGAUUCUUUGGUUUGUCGAAGUCAUUCUCAUUUACCUACAUGUACCAUGAAUUCUUCAGGCUUCAUUGAUUUAACCCAGAAACUUCCCGGUACUACUACUAUUACCACUGCUACCACCACUAACACGAAUACUACAACAACAGAAACAUUGAAGUCAAUGAGUUUAUCAUCUUCAUCAGCAUCAUUGUUAUCAUGUUCUACUGGGAUGCGUUCUUCUAAUCCAGAUUUUGUUGAUUUGUCAAAUUCAGAUCCGAAGCGUUUACGUUUAUGCUUUACAGACAUAAAUAGUACUAUUUUCGCGACUGCUGCUAAUUCCACCACCACCACCACUACUACUAUUACUCCUACUACUGCACAUGUUGACAUCAGUGUAUGUAAUGAAACAAGGGAGCUGAAUAAUUAUCAACAAUUUCCGUCUUAUCUGUUAAAUGAUUCUUAUGAUCAAUGUUCACACUAUCAAGUUAAUAAUAACAAUAAUAAUAGUCGAAUCCAAUCACAUGUUAAAAUCUCUUCUCCAUUAAUAUCGAUUCCAUCAUUAACAAAAGGUGUAUCUUCAACAUCAUCUACAAGUGUUUGGUAUCCAUCAUGCCUUGGAACUGUAAAUUCUUCUGAACCAUCUUUUGUCCCAACAUCAUCGGAACUACAUGACUCGUCCGUAAUGAAUGAAUGUUCUAGUUAUCUUCAAAUUAUGGACGCAAAUUAUCAUCCGUUAUUAAAAGAUACUCCCCGAUCGACGUCAGUUUAUUUAAAUCCUAAUCUUCCUACUUCGUCCUCAUCAGUUAUCCAUCCUUCAAAUCUUGUACUACAAAAUGUCCAUGAUAGUCCUAGUCAUGGUGAUAGUUCUUGCAAUAGCAACACAUCUAUUGUUUCUACUCCUGGUUCUGCAACUGUAAAUACUACUUCUCCUGUCAUUAACAACAACAGUGAUAGUGCUUCACAAUUGUCGUUACAUACCGAUAAUCCUAGUCAAUCUAUUCCACCGUUUUGUCAUAAUUCUCAACAAAAUUCUAAAUUACAUUUAGUUUAUAAUCAACCACAUUCUAGUUUUUGUAGUCCAGUUGUUUGUAGUUUAUCUGAAUCAUCCAGCUUGAAUUUAUGUGGAAAUAUGCUCAAUACUACUACUAAAUCUACAAGUAACCCUAGUAAUUCAUGUUUACCUUUUAAUUUCGAUAAAAACAAUUCAUCUUUUCUCAAUGAUAAUGGUAUUAAUAAUCAUUUGUAUUCACUAACCUCUUCUAUCCAUGAUAGCCAGUAUCAUCAAAACAUACGACAACAAAUAAAAGCUCCACUUAUUGUGCCUCCUUCACUUCUUCCUUCUCUCCCUUCUCUUUCUAACCAUCCUUAUCCCCAAUUGACCAAUGAGCAUUUGAUGAAUACUACCACAUCACAUACACAAAUGAUGAUGAAUUCCACCUCAAUCAAUCAAUCAAAUUCCACAGAUUUUAUCGAGACUGAAUCAAUAAAAACAGAGCGUGGUGAAUCAGAAGGUGGAGGAUCAAGUGAAUCUGAAGUAUCUGGUGAUUAUGGUGGUGUCAGAACUGGUGAUAAUUUAAGAAGUGCUAACAAUCACAACAGUAAUAAUAAUACCUAUUCUACUGCUAGCAAUACGAACAAUGGAAGCUUUAGAUUGAUCAAUAAUGAAUUAUUAACAAAUAAAAAAUAUGAUUGUAACAUUGAUGAGAUUCCAGAUGAUGAUUAUCUGACAGGUGAUGAUACUGAUGGGGACGAUUGUACAGAUAGUACUCUUGAUGAUGAAGAAGAUACUGAUUACGAUGAGGUGGACGAGUAUGAUGAUGAUGAUGAUACGGAAAAUGAUAUUGAUGAUCCUGAUAGGGAUUUUGAUGAUGAAGAAGAUAGAGAAGAUGAUGAACUCAGUGGUGGUGGUUGUGGUGUUACUAGUAUAGGAGGAGCAGGUGGAAGAGAUAUCCUUGAGAUGUCUGAAGGUACUGGUCAUUCUAGUUUUACUUGUUCCACGUCAUCUUACCAUAAAUCAGAAUAUGAAAGUGAAUCAAAUCAUACUGGUGCUACUACUUCUCAUCUUAAUACUACUAUUUCUUCUUCUACUACCACUAAUACUACUGAUAAUAAUGCAAAUAAAGUUACUAACUAUGGUAACAAUAAUGAGAUUUUAUUUAAAAAUAAUUCUACUACCCAUGCAAAUGACUUUAGAUUCGGACAGAUAUUUACAACAUCGAUAGAACAUGAUUACAAAGUUGUGGAAGUUGUUCAAAAAUUUAUCCCUAAAUUAAAAUGCAGUCUCUUUGAAUUAUGCUCAUUUUUAAAAUCCGAAAAUCUCGAACUGACGAAUAGCAGUACUACCACAAUACUAUCAUCCUCUUCCUCUACGUCAUUAUCACGAAACGAAAUAAUCAGUGAACGCAUCAAUAAGGAGCCUGUGUUAAUGUUUAGAGAAUCGUCUGUAGGAAAUUUUUCAAAUCCCAUCUUGCCAUUGUCACCAUCAUCACUUGUACAUGAAUCACAGCCGCAUAAUAAUGAUAUUGGUUCUCAGGUAAAAUCAGUUAGUCAUUUUGACUCGGCUGAAUCCAGUGUGCCAAUCUUUAAAAAUAAUAAAGCAAAUUGUUUUCCAACACUUGGUACUUCUUCUCCUUCAACUGCUCAAAUAAAUGAAAAUAGUACUACAAUUAUUAAUCCCUAUUUAGACGAUUUAUUGUCUUCCUUAUGUUCAUUAUUAGAAACGUGUUUAUUUUAUUUGGUGGAUUGGAUGGCUCAAAUUGAAUCGUUUAAAGUAUUACCGGUUGAAGAUAAAAUGCAAUUGUUGAAUAGUAGUUGGAGUGAAAUUAUCCUACUAGAGUUUAUUCAUUUUUAUGUAACACAUUUAAAUAAUGCUAAACGAACAAAUACAAUAUUAACUGAUUCUAAAAGACGUUGUAAAAAUGCCAUGGAUCCAUUGAAUGUUUGCUCAUCGUUAUUUCCAAUUAAUACAAAUUCUAUUAAUUGUAAUGAAAAUAACCCAUUAACUGCUACCACUACUACUAAUAUCACAGCGACAACACCAACAACAUCAUCUUCGUUACUGUCUCAUUCUUCUGUAUCUAUGGAAAUAUGUGAUCUUAUUGAAAAUCUAUUAAAUAAUCUUCUAGGUGCUGUCGAUAACUGUGGUGGUGGUCAAUCAGACUUAAAACAUAAAUUGAAUGAUUUAUUGACAAUAUUUCAAAAACUUCAGUUGGAUAAUAAAGAAUUUACUUGUUUGAAAUUUAUUGUUUUGUUUAAUCCUUUAAAACAUGAUACCUUUCUAACAUCAAACUUAAGUUAUGCCUUGAAAAUUCAGGGAAAAUUUUGUCAUUUCUUAUUGAAACGUUCACGAAGAUUUCUACGUUUAAUAAAUGAAUCCAGUAAAUCUCAAAAACUAGAUCAUGAAUCACCAAAUGAAUUGAAUACUCUUCUUUUACCAGAUAGAUAUGGUCAAAUUUUGUUAGAAUUAGCAGAAGUUAAAUUUCUUGCUUUCCAGUUAGAAAGUUUUUUACUAAUGCGAUAUAGACUUGGUAAAAUACCAAAUGAAAGUUUAUUAAGUGAAAUGUUGUUAACAAAACGUAGUCGAGUAUCACUUCCUGUACAACCAUCUUAUUGUAAUCUGAUGACAUCAUCAAUGAAAUCACCACCAUCAAUAACAUCAUCUUAUGUAAUACCAACAUGUCAGUUUGCAUAUACCAAUGUUAACUCAAAAGUCAUUCCCAUACCAUCAUUAUCUACGGAUGCUGAUUGUCGAUCAAAUGAUGAAGUGAUAAAACAUAAUCAAGCUUCUUCAUUAUGUACAAAUAAUCUGAAUAAUGGUACUACAAUGAUGGUAAAUGCUACAGGAAGCUUAUCUACUACACCAUUUACUUCUCCUAUUCCUUCAACUUUCCCACUUACUUCUCUUCAUUCGCCCACUUCUAUUCCUCAAUUCAGCAAUAGAAAUAACAAUUGUAAUAAUAAUGACGCAUCGUUAUUGAAAAACAUUGAUUCACAGUUGUCUUGUACAGCAUUUCUCAAUUCUUAUACUAAUUCUCCGUUAUAUACUCCAACUACUACAAAUCAACUGGUUUAUAAUCAUUAUUUUAUUAACAUUGAUGACCAUGUUAUUACUGCAAAUAAUAUUAACAGAUUUAAUGAACAACUACACGAGUCCUCAUCAACAGUGACAACAAUGCCGGCGACAACAACAACAACACUCGUAAAUCAUGCCUCAAUAUUAUCAUGA